UGUUGCUGGAGAAUUUCACGUGAUCCAAGAAGCUCUGGAUGACCUACGACCCCAGGUUGACCUCUUGAAGACCCGUCAGAAUGACCUGCAGGCAGCGGCCAGCGAGAGAGAGCGCACCGCUAUCCUGGAGGUGAUGGAACCGGCCGGCCAAGACUGGGAGCGGGUCAACCGAGAGUAUCGGGACAGGCAUGGACGGUUUGAGUUGUGCCUUGAGCAGUGGAGGAAGUUCCACUGCGACAUGAGGGACCUGGGCCAGUGGCUGAACCAAGCGGAAAAGAUCAUCCAAGACUGUCGCAACUCCUCCGGCCGUCUGGAUAUCAACAAAGCACGCACCCGGCAACUGAGUCUAGAGGAAGGCAUCGCCAACCACCAGAGCAUGGUCAGCUCUCUCAACAACAACGGCGAGACCAUCAUCGCCCAGACCUCCACGCCGGACGGCGGCAUGAUGAAGGACAAACUGGACGGGCUGAACGCACGGUGGCGGUCGGUCUGCACGGAGGUCACGUCAUGGAAGGAAAGGUUUCAAGAUGGUGGUGAACAGCUGGAAGGCUACAGGGAGGAGGUUGAGGAGCUCCAGUCUUGGCUGGAUGAAUGCCAGGGCCUGAUGGAAGGCCCUCAACCGAUACCGGGAGAUGACCAGUCUGUGCAAGACCUCCUGGAUAAAGUCAAGGAACGAGAGAGACAGCUGCCGUCCAGACGGGACAUCGGCAACCAUGUCAACAAGUCUGGUGAAGAACUCCUCAGCAGUGGCGCUCUCAGCGAUAAUCUGGUAUCGGACAUCACCAUGGAGCUCAAAGAAGUCAAUGCUCAACUACAAAAGGUAUCCACAGCUCUCCCAAGGUACUGCCGUCAGCUGGAAGACAGGCUCCUUAGCACCAGGUCCUUCCUGGAGGAGUUGGAGGAGCUGGGCAAGUGGCUGGGUGCCACCAUGGACCUCCUCAAGACACAGCACGGGCCCGUGGGCUCCGUCACGUCGGAUGAUGGAGAUGAUUCCAUUAUCGUGGACCCCAAGACAAUGCAGCAAGCCCUAAAAGCCCGUCAGGCCAACAUGGACAGCGUCAAUCACACCGGUGACCGCCUGAUACGCGAAGCUCGCGCCCUGGGUGCGGCCAUCCCUGACCCCUUACAGGACAAGCUGGAUAAGCUCAACUCAGACUGGGCCAAGAUACAAUACCUAGCCUCCAGACUCAAGCCUGCGUCAGAGUUUGAUGUCGAGCAGCGCAGAAUGAUGCAAAGAACAGUGAUAACAGAAACCUCUGUCACGACCACGCGAUCCGAGGUACAGCGGUCAGCUAUGGACGCAGCUGCGCCAGCAGAGGGCGCCUCGCCGUGGCCCGACUUUGACAAGGUCGUGGCGGAGCUCCGGGAUUGGCUGACGCUUCUGGAGCGGAUGUUGCGGCUUCAGACGGUCACCGUCGGCGACUUGGAAGAAAUGGAAGACAUGAUUGCAAAACAGAGGGAGAUCUGGUCCGGGGUGCUACCCUUAUUUUCUGCCCUGGCCCCCAACGACCGGCAACUCAUAGGGGGCCUGGUGGUAGAUAUAGUCACCAUGCUAGUACAGCUGGAGUCUCUCCUUCAAGACCUCGAGGAGAAGCAUCCACAGUUGGAUGAGCUGGUCAGCCGGGCCAAGAUCCUGCAGCUGGAGUCGCAGACCGAGGGCAGCAAACAGUUGUUGCAAGAGAAAGUGGACAAGUUGCUGGACCUGUGGAACAGCGCCUCCCUCCGUGCCAGCUCCCGCUCCCGCAAGCUGGAGGCCAUGCUGACGGACUCGCAGCAGUUCCAUGAGCUGACCGACGAGCUCUGCAACUGGCUGGGCAAGAUGGAGCAGACGCUGGAUGGGUACGCGCCGGUGGGCGACGAGGUGCACGCCCUGCAGGGCCAACUGGAAUCUCAAAAGGCUUUCUUGGAAGAGGUCGAGCAGUGGAAGCCAUGCAUCGACGCGGUGAAUGAGUCCGGCGAGCGACUCAUCGUCGACUACAACGCCGACGACACCAACCGCAUCCGGCAAAUACUGGACAACGUCCGGGACCGGUGGACGGCCAUAUGUGACAGGUCCAACCAGCGAUUGCACGCCAUUGAGGAGACACUGAGAUCCAUGCAGGACCUAGCAUCUCAGUUGACGGACUUCUUCCUGUGGUUUGAGGAGCUGGAGCAGCCCAUGGAUUCCCUACAGCGGGACACAGAUAACGAGGAAGCGCUGCAAGACAAGGAUCAGGUGGAGGUCUGGCUCCAACAACACGGGGAUCUCCAAGCAGAGAUAGAAGCCCACCACAAUGUCUUCUCGUCCCUCAACGAUGCGGGCAGCACCCAGCUCAAGAGCGGGGAGCCCAAGGAGGAGACGGAGGUCCUGCAGAAACGUCUGGAGGAGAUGAACAAGAGAUGGAACAAGCUGCAAGGGAAGUCAACGGAGAUCAGGCGUCGCCUUGAAGCCAAUGCGGAGGAGUGGAGCACGUUAUUAAAGGCCUUCCAGGAUCUCCUAGAAUGGAUCCGCUUAAAGGAGGAGGAGCUAGCCUCCAAGAAACCCGUGGGAGGAGACUACAACACGGUGCAACAGCAAAACGAAGACCACAAGAUCUUCAAGAGUCAGUUAGAGGAGAAGCGUCCCACCGUCGAGCGCAACAUCCAGAUGGGCCGUCUCUAUCUCACCGAACACGGCGCUCCGACCACCGCCGAUAACGCCAGCGAUGCGGCCACCCUCAGCUCUCGGGGCAGCGACUCCACGGCCAGUCUAGAUGAGCCGGCGUCCAGCGCCGAGGACCAAGCCAGGCAGAUCGUGCAGAACCUGCGGCAGAGCGUGUCGAGCUUGCAGGAGAAGUGGGCCCAACUGAACGGCCGGACGGAGCACUGGCAGAAGCGACUGGACGAUGUCCUAGCGAAAAUGCUUGGCUUUCACCAAGCCAUGGAUGAGCUGAACGCUAAGCUACACGAGGCAGAGUCACUGAAGUCAAGAUGGCGGAUGGUCGGGGAUCUGAUCAUUGAUAGCUUGCCACAGCACAUAGAAGAAGUCAAGCGGUUCCAAGAGAGAAUAUCUCCGGUCCAGCGAGACGUGGACCACCUCUCCCAGCUGGCCGCCCAGUUCCCCCCCGCGGCCGUCACGCUAAGCACGGUCAACCAGAGCCGCUUGGAAGACCUGUUCAAGCGCUGGAAGCUCUUGCAGAUCUCGGUUGAGGAGCGGGGGAAACUGCUGAACGAGGCGCUGAGGGACUUCGGGCCGCAGUCCCAACACUUCCUCCGAGUUUCGGUUCAGCAUCCGUGGGAGAGGGCAGUUGCUGGCAACAAAGUCCCCUAUUACAUCAAUCAUGCCACUGAGACAACUCACUGGGACCAUCCCAAGAUGACCGAGCUCUUCCAGUCAUUAGGCGAGCUGAACGCCGUCAAGUUCUCUGCUUACCGAACCGCCAUGAAGCUUCGAAAACUACAAAAAGCACUCUGCUUUGAUCUACUAAGCAUGAACACCGCCGACAGGAUCUUCCAGCAGCAUGAGAUCCUGUCUUCCUCCACGGACCGGACGUUAGACGUCAACGAGAUCAUCGCCUUCCUGACCACCCUCUACGAGGCCAUCGCAGCUGACCAUCCCACCUUGGUGGUGGUGCCUCAAUGUGUUGAUAUGUGCCUGAACUGGCUCCUCAAUGUCUAUGACACGGUGCGUAGCGGCCGCAUGAGGGCGCUGUCCUUCAAACUGGCCAUCAUCAUCCUCAGCAAAGCCCACCUGGAGGACAAGUACAGAUAUAUUGUGAGAUGCGUUGCCAACAACAAUGGCUUCAUCGACCAGCGAGGUCUGGGCCUCCUGCUCCAUGACUGCAUCCAGAUACCACGGCAACUAGGGGAGGUUGCGUCCUUUGGCGGGAGCAACAUUGAGCCCAGCGUUCGCAGCUGCUUCAAUAUGAGCGGAGGCAAGUCCCACAUCGAGCCGCCCCAGUUCCUCGCCUGGAUGAAGUUGGAGCCUCAAUCCAUGGUCUGGAUGCCCGUCUUACACCGCAUGGCGGCCGGUGAGACCGCCAAGCACCAGGCUAAGUGCAACGUCUGUAAGGAGUUCCCCAUUAUCGGGUUGAGGUAUCGCUGCCUCAAGUGCUUCAACUUUGACAUGUGCCAGAACUGCUUCUUCUCAGGACGAGUGUCCAAAAACCACAAGCACUCCCACCCCAUGCAGGAGUAUUGUACAACAACUACCUCGGGAGAAGACGUGAGGGACUUUGCCAAAGUGGUGCGCAAUAAGUUCAAGUCCAAGCGCUACUACCAGAAACAUCCGCGGGUGGGCUACCUGCCCGUCCAGUCAGUACUAGAAGGCGAUGACCUGGAAUCACCUGUGACAUCACCACAGCAGAUGGCCAAUCAGGACAUGCAUACCAGAUUAGAGCUGUAUGCCAGCAGGUUAGCCGAAGUUGAACAACAUGGGUCGUUCCUCACGCCUUCCCCGGACUUGGAUGAUGAGCACCAGUUGAUUGCACAGUACUGCCAGAGCUUAGGAGGAGAUGUGUCUUCUGUGCCGCGAAGCCCUGCACAAAUAGUGGUAGCUAUCGAGUCUGACCAGAGGAGUGAACUAGAAAACCAAAUUCUCAUCUUGGAAGAAGAGAACAGAACUCUCCUAGCCGAGCUGGACCGCCUGCGCGCCCUUCGCCACGACGACCACACGCGUGCCGAGGUCAGCUCAGAGGAGGACUACCGUCACUCGCCCAGCCGGGACACGGAGCUAGUAGCGGAGGCCAAGCUGCUCAGACAACACAAGGGUCGCCUGGAGGCCCGCAUGCAGAUCCUGGAAGACCACAACCGGCAGCUGGAAGCUCAGCUACAACGACUCAGACAACUCCUUGAACAGCCGGCAGACCGCAGCGCGUCUCAGGCCUCCUCCUCCCGCACCACCCCCGCCGUCUCACCCACCUCCUCUAUCAGCUCCUUGCCUCGCUCCCGCCGGCUGCCAGCCCACGUCACCUUGGAGUCCGCCCGGUCACCGGCCAACGGGGGCACCAGUGACUACGACAGUGAUAUGGCCGGUGAAGACCACAUGCAGCCUUCUCCCCACACCCCUCCACAUCUCAAAGACGACCCCGUCCGAGAGGAUGGGGGCAAGGUGGACCUGGACCAGGUCAUCAAAGAACUCAAUAACAUCCCCGACGAUAAAGGUGCUACUUCCACUGGUGCAAGUCAGGUGGGCAGCCUCCACCACAUGGCCGACAACAUCGGCAAGGCGGUGGGGACACUGGUGACGGUCAUGACCGACGACGAACACAGUGACAGAGAGAAUGAGACGUAGGGUACCAGACACGGUCAUUAAACACAUACACAUGGGCUUCCUAUGCAUACACAUACACAAAUGGCAGAACUGAGCUGACCAAACUCACGAAGCGGAAUGGGUGACGGACCGCAGAACACACACAGUGACACACGGGGGGACAGGAAUGCGCUUAGACGUGGAGAGAAAAUGCUCUUUGAAUCUUGAAUGGAUCAGGACUUUUUUUAUAAAAGUUUUUCAACUGUCAGUGUGGAGAAGGAAAAAAACAAAACUUGGAUGGUGAAGAAACAGUUUGCCACGUGCUGCAGGAUUGCUUGAAAUCAUCGUUUAUUAGAAUUCACGAAGUCAGUUGUUAAAGGCCAAAGGUUUGUGGUUCUAAACUUGUUCUACAAAAGCAGGCUUGUACAGGAAGACAGGCUAGGUGUUUGGCCUGGUAGUGUGCUUAUUGGGUCUGUGCAAGACUGCUUGAGGGCGCCCUUCAAACUGAACAGUGUACCGUGAAUGUGAUCUUCACUGAUCCUUCCUGCGAGCAAGUACAGCGUAGCUGCUUUGGCUUUCCGCCUUGUUACACUUACCUUGUGUGGUUUGAAACGAGUUUCAAGUUCAGGUUCCCGACCUAGUGCAAAAGAAAGGCUGGUGUCUGACAUUUUGACUUGGUAUACAAAGAACCUAUAGUAGGGAGAUGAGGCACCAGACCAAGAUGGCCACUGUGAUAUCAUUGUAAGUGUGUCCUGAACCAGGAUGGUCCCCAAACAACCAAAAUACUGAAGUGUUUAAAAACUUUUUGAGCACCCGAGUUAGAGAAACUGUACAGAAAUUUUCAGAAAAGUACCUCCAAAAAGUCUGGUAUAUGUAUCAGUGACGUAUUGGUUUGUGGACUGGUGGCCUGGUAGUCGAGGAACAAGACCAAGAUGGCUACAGUGUGUCCAUGUGAUCUGCGUGGAAGAUUCCACAACUGGUACGGUCACAACUUGAACAACUACCAAGGAAGUAGAUGACCGCCAGUCUUAAGCCUUAAACCUCGACCAAUCUCUACUCUAUAGUUUUUUGAAUUUCUUGAAGUAGAACUUUUGUCAAGAGAAAAAAAAUUAAAAAUUUGCUUUAACUUCCAAGAGAAUAACGAGUCAUGAAUAUUUGAAAUGCUCAACUCACCUGCAUUUAAGCAUACUGGCACCUUAAAAAUGGAGAAAAAUAUAAUUUUGUUGUUUUAUUUUCGACCCACCGCAUGACAAAUUUAUAUUUAUUGUUUACAACCUGUGUUCAGUUGCUGAUAUGGAACCCAGUCUGCAGCUCUUCCAAAAUGUCGUCAGAGUCUCUGAUUCGCCAACGAUUUACUUUUUCGCUUUCAGCUUUCUUCAUUUGUACUUAUAAUUAUUCAUUUUUACGUUAAUUUAGGAGUACUUUAAGAAUACAGUAUAAACAUUAUUUACUUGCAAGAAAGUUUUUCAGCAAAGCAGUAUUUUGUCCGGUAUGUAUGUGUAUAUACCACAACCAUAUAGCGCAUUUUAUGUUACAGUUGAAUACCGUGGCAUCGAGUUUUACAAA